AAAAUUUUAUUUUACAACACUUGUGACCUGACAUGUUCUUACGAAUUAUGUGUGAGCCAUCAAAUCGACUUGGCAUUUCGAUUACAAUUGCAGCGUUAUUGAUAUUUUACAUUCUAUUAUUGAAAGUAAAUGAGAUGGGUUUGGAACUCAAUAUCGAUUUUCCAAAUCAAGAUUUGAUACCAGUAGAGGUUAAAAGUGAGACGACAGAAUCUGAGUUCUGGCCAAGCCUUGAUGAUGGCUUGCCAUUAAGACUCAUGGAGUAUAUAAAAGAACAUGGAGAAAAAGUAAGAAAACCUGAUAUGCAUACGGAGUAUAUAGUAUACACUUGUACAGAGCAAAACGAGAGAUGCGGGGGUAUCGGAGAUAGAUUGCGAGGGAUAGUAUCGCUUUUCAUGUUGUCAAUCUCUACGAAUAGGGUGCUGGUGAUUGAUUGGAGCUAUCCUUUUGCCUUAGAGGAAACUCUCAUCCCAGGGAUGGUCGACUGGCUAGCCCCUCUAAGAACUGUACAACUCUACGAGACUGCGAAUCCACAUAAAACAGUCAGCCUGCUCAGCAUGGGUGAGGCUAAUUACACGGAGUGGACUAGGGUGUCACAAAGCGACGCAAAAAUUGUCCGGAUUACUACGAAUAAUAUUCGUCGUGGACUCUCAGCUUUGUCUGCAGCAAAGAAUAUGAUUAGUCAAAUGGAUUUAUACCGACCCGGACAAAGAAUUCCACAGUUACUGUGCUCAUGGAUUUUACGAAGUCUGUUCGUGCCCAACCCAGAUACGAUAAGAGUCGCCAAUGAACAACUGGCACUGAUCGGUAUCGACCCCGAUCGCCCGUUUGUUGCGAUUCACGCACGAUUUGGACACACUAACAACGACAAAGGCGCAAGCCAGUUCAAAACUGACCCAGCACGCUUGGGACUUGAAGACAUUCCCAAAAUAGCUCGUUGUGCUAGUAAAAUUAACUCGCAGAUGCGGUUCAAGGGAAUAGCCGUGCAAAAUGCAACAUUCUUGGCUGCAGAUAGCAACGAGGGAAAAUACAUUUUUCGAGAACAAUUGCAGGACGUCAAAUAUUUCUCAGCGCAUGCUUUCCAUAUCGAUAAAGUGAGAAAAGAUCGUGGAGAGUAUGAUGCAGCCGAAGCAGAUAUGCUCAAUCAGCUAACAUGGGCUGAGUUUCUCAUUUUGUCGAAAUCUGAAUGCGUGGUGUCAACCAGAAGUGGAUUUUCGGAAUGGGCGAUUGCUUUCAGCAAAAAUCCCCAGACUGGUAAGCGAUGUGCCCAGGCUGGUACCGAGUGUGAAAACAUCAAUUGGAAUAAAAUUAUCGGCUAAUACAAC